AGGGAGGGAGGCAGGCAAGAGAGGCACUUGGCAGGGCAGAAGCCCAGGGAGGGGUAGAGGAGACGUGGGGAUUGGGAAAACAGUACUGGACUUAGUCCCAACCCUCUUUUCUUGCUGCCUGCUGCGGAAGCCUCGGCCUCCCAAGGUGUAGCUCCAAAACCUGACUCGACACCUAUAAAAGAGGGUCCUUUGCCCGCAUCUUAAUCAACCGACUCCGCCCCUGGCCUCACCCCGUAAGAUGACGUUUCGACUCCGCCUCCUCUGGGAGACAUGCAGACCCCACCCCUUCCGGGGGACAGGCAAACCUAGUGCGCGACGGCAUCCCUGUGACGUAAUGGAGACGUUCGGAGCCCAGGACAUGUCGGGAAUGAGGAGAUACGAGGUGGCGCUGGAGGCGGAGGAGGAGAUCUACUGGGGCUGUUUCUACUUUUUCCCCUGGCUUCGCAUGUGGCGGAGGGAGCGGAGCUCGGCGCACCCCGGGGAGCAGAAGCUGGAGCCUCUGCGAGGCCUGAUGAGCUGUCUGUCCAGCGGCCUGGGUCCUGCUCCCCAGCGCUCGGGUCGUGGCCUCCCCCGCCGCAGCCCCACCGCCGCUGCCCAGCCAGCCAGUGCAUUAAAGAUUUAAACCGAA